AUGUCGGACUUGUGUUUUUCGUCUAACAAGACGAGAAAAUCAUGUAGCCUGCAAGUGGGAUGGCGACAACUGUUGCGCACUCCUCGUACGUGCGCGAAAACUGGCGCCGACUGCUGCGAAGCUGAGGAAGACAUAACAACGCGUCUCAAAAGGGUACAGAAUGCAUCCGUUUUUCAGUCCGUCCCGCCUCCAGACAACUCAUCUUCAUCUACCCAGUUCGUCAAAACGGCCGAAGACGAUGCAAUCUGA